ACUUUUUGUCGGAGAAAAUUAAAUGUAAGAAAAGAAAAGGAAGAAAUUGUUUAUAGAUCGAAAUCGAUCGGCCAAUCAAAUUCAUCUUCAGCAUUCGCUCCUCCGGCUUCCGAUCCAGGCUCGGAAAUUCAAUCACCAGCAUUUGAUCGACGGAAUACGGCAGAAUUUUUUGUGCCUGAGGCGUAUUCGAGUCGAUUUGAUUUGUUCAUUUGACUGUCGCGUUAAAUCUAGCAUCGUGAUUCCUUCAUUGUUCGGUUUUCCAGAAGAUUUGUUGUUUGUGCAUGCGUGCAGAUAUACGUACCGGAGAGGCAAUCGGAAAUCCUAGGGUUUGCGGAUAUGAUCGAAUUUCUAGGAUUAGGACUUUGAAUGCGGUGGAAUCCACCGCCGGAGGUGGAAAUCAGGAUUGCUGAAUAGAGGCGUCGGCGGAUCUGAUGGUGAAGAGCGCAAGGGCAAUUCAUAGGGAUUUUGUGAAUCGAUUUUAUUCGGAAACUAUCGUUGUUGAAAAUAUUGGCGUCGGUGGCGGCGGUGGAGGAAGAUGCAGCUGCACUUCUCACCUAGCAUGAGAAGUAUAACAAUAUCUUCGAGCGUCAAUGGUGGAACUGCUGGCAAUGGAGGAGUGGGAGAUUUGAUGAAGAUCAAGGUUGCAGCUCGGCACAUUUCGUAUCGCACGCUCUUCUACACCAUCUUGAUACUUGCAUUUCUGUUGCCGUUUGUGUUCAUUCUCACCGCCUUAGUUACACUUGAAGGUGUCAACAAUUGCUCCUCACUUGACUGUUUAGGAAGACGAUUGGGGCCAAAGUUUCUUGGUAGAGCUGAUGAUUCUGGGAAGCUGGUCAAGGACUUGGUUAAAAUUAUGAAUCAAGUGAACUCUGAGAAAAUCCCAGAUAAUCUAAAGAUCCCGGACUCAUUCAGCAACCUUGUAUCUGAAUUGAAAAGCAACAAGUAUAAUGCCAAGGAGUUUGCUCUGAUUUUGAAAGGAAUGAUGGAGAAAUAUGAAAGAGAGACCAGGGAGUCCAAGUUUUCCGAGCUAAUGAAUAAACACUUUGCUGCUAGUGCUAUUCCUAAGUCUAUCCACUGUCUUUCAUUGAGGCUAACCGAUGAAUAUUCCUCCAAUGCUCACGCACGGAGGCAACUACCUUCUCCGGAGUUACUUCCUUUGCUUUCCGACAACUCUUACCACCACUUUGUUGUGUCGACUGACAACAUUCUUGCUGCUUCUGUGGUUGUGACAUCUACCAUCCAGGCUUCCCUAAACCCUGAAAAGAUUGUUUUCCAUGUCAUAACAGACAAGAAAACUUAUCCAGGCAUGCAUUCAUGGUUUGCAUUGCAUCCUAUGUACCCUGCUAUCAUUGAAGUUAAAGGUAUUCAUCAAUUUGAUUGGUUAACAAGAGAGAAUGUCCCUGUUCUUGAAGCGGUUGAGAGCCAUUAUGGGGUACGGAAUUAUUAUCAUGGAAAUCAUGUCACCACAGCCAAUCUCAGCAACCUUACCCCGCGAAUAUUUGCCUCAAAAUUACAGGCAAGAAGCCCAAAGUAUAUCUCACUCCUCAAUCAUCUUCGCAUAUACCUUCCUGAGCUAUUUCCGAGCCUGGACAAGGUUGUUUUCUUAGACGAUGAUGUUGUAGUUCAAAGGGAUCUGGCUCCUCUUUGGGAAAUCGACCUCAAUGGAAAAGUUAAUGGAGCUGUAGAGACUUGCAAAGGAGAAGAUGAAUGGGUCAUGUCUAAGCGGUUCAGGAACUAUUUCAACUUCUCUCAUCCACUCAUAAUAAAGAGCUUAAAUCCCGAUGAUUGUGCAUGGGCCUAUGGGAUGAAUAUCUUCGACUUGGAUGCAUGGAGAAAGACGAAUAUUAGAGAUACAUAUCAUGCAUGGCUUAAGGAGAAUCUGAAGUCAAACAUGACAUUAUGGAAACUCGGGACUCUCCCUCCUGCUCUGAUUGCAUUCAAGGGCCACGUCCACCCAAUCGCCCCGACCUGGCACAUGCUGGGGUUGGGCUAUCAGAACAAGACCUCCGUUGAAAAUGUUAAAAAGGCUGCAGUGAUUCACUACAAUGGCCAGUCAAAGCCCUGGCUGGAGAUUGGCUUUGAACAUCUCCGCCCAUUUUGGACCAAGUACGUAAACUACUCUAAUGAUUUCAUUCGAAAUUGCCACUUCUUUGAGUAGCAGUCUUCAACCAAUGCAAGAUAUAGAUACAUAUACAUAAAUACACACACCUGAGCACUCAUGGGACAAAUGACGAUACAUGAUCGCGGGUACAUAUAUAUAUAUGCCUUUAAGCCUCGUGUGGGGUGUAGAUAUUUCAAGAUUUUCAAAAGCCUUUCCAAAAUCAAAGGGGAUCCCGAUUUUGGCGCAGUAUAAAAAGGUACACUUCUAGACUGGCCUGAGUUCCAUUCUUUCGUUAUGUAAAGUAGCAUUCAUUGUUGUUGGUAUAUUUUCCUUUUUCGAUUGAGUAUGGACAUAGAUACAUAGAUACAUACGUACGUACAUUGUUUUUUUGACCUUCAUAGAGGAAUAAUGGUGAUGAUAAUGCAUAUGACUGUGAGAUGAGACUUAGGAUGCAGAUUCUCUGUAAGCCACCAUUCCUCGCCAUAUUGGCAAAAUACAGAUUAUUAUUAUUAUUCUUUUCCA